AUGUGGGUUCGGGUAGUUCUGGCCUCAUGCAUACGCUCUGUCGUCACCGAGGAUGUUUCGCAAGAGAGCCUACGUCCUAGUGACACGGACUUCCUCAGCUUCGAGCUCACGAAUUUCAAAGGAGCCGCUAUCCAUUGUGACCUGCAAGCCAGGGGUUCGUCGAUGACCCCGAACUUCUUCUUGCGGCUUCGGGUGGCAUCCAUCCAAAAGCAGCAGGUGGCCACGGCUCUCGAGAAUUUAUCAGUGAGGGCUGAGAUCCCUUCAGAUGCAGGCAGACUCACGAUUGCGCAGAUCAAGGAGCGCCUGCGAGAGCGUGGGGAAGGGGAGCUGAUGCGCGGCGUCACCCGGAAAGAAGACUUUGUUGCGCUGCUGCGCUCAUCUGAUGAGCGCCGCCGGCCGCCGCCAGAAGUCCUGGUGGCAGCUGGCCGACGUGGCUUGGUGGUCAAAGACCUCUGUAUGAACUCCGAAGGCGAAGAGCGGAUUGGCGUUCAGUUUGACCCAAGAUCGACACUACAUGUUUUCCCACAUCAGGUGGCCCUUUCUGAUGCGAAGUUUACAGAUGGAGAGAGCAUCAUGGGUGACGCAUCGACGUACCGAGUCAAGUGCGGCACCAUUUCCUUGGAGAAUCUCUUGGGCUUGCGCUUUGGUAACGAGCAGGACGAGUUCCUCGUUACAUCCAGUGGUCCGGUGCCGGCAACGCCUGGAGCAAUCCUUGUUCCCUGGUGUGAAGCUUUCCCAAAGUUCCAUGGGGACGAACAGAAAUCUGUUCUGGCCAGGAAUGUCGAGCAAAGAUGCAGAGUCGUUGCCAAGCUUCAGCUUGAAUUUCGCAGCAAGUUUGCUUCCCUGGAGACGCCUGAGCCCAAGCAGAAGCGGGCCAGAGGUAAUUAA